CGGGCAGGCCCCGCCCCCCGGAGAAGAGGGACCGGCGCAGCGCUUCCGGGAGCCCGGGGGCUGUGGCCAAUACCGGUAGCCCGAGGGACCUCUCUGGGAGUCUCGGACGUGAAGCCGGAGGCCCCACUCUCCGCGAGGUCUCAUCAUCUGUCCCUUUGGUGACCCUGGGAGUUCCAUCUUGGACCUCUUCUCACUCCACACAUUCUGCCUUGCUGGUUUCACCCUCUCUCGAGACCUGAAGAACUCGCUAGCGGCUGAUGACCAGAUUUCUGAGCCCGGAUUUCUCUCUGAGGCUUAGAUCCGUGUGGCCCCAACUCUGCCCCUUCUCUCAUUUUGGGGUCUUUGUACCUGCUGCUUAUUCUGCCUGGAAUGUUCCUUCCCUCAACUAGCUCAUCUGUCUGGCCCACCUUCCCCUGCAAGCCCUCUCUGCUGCGGCCAGCUCCAGAUUUCAGUUAGACGCCUCUCCCAUCUGCCUCCAGUCUCAACUCUUCUCACACCACAGGAGUGCUCUGUUUCUUUGCCUCUCUCGCCCAGGAACUUGUAAACUCCCUGAGAGCCCAGAUGCCCGUCCAGCCUCCAAGCAAAGACACAGAAGAGAUGGAAGCAGAGGGCGACUCAGCCGCCGAGAUGAAUGGGGAGGAGGAAGAGAGUGAGGAGGAACGGAGCGGCAGCCAGACCGAGUCAGAGGAGGAGAGCUCAGAGAUGGACGACGAGGACUAUGAGCGGCGCCGCAGCGAGUGCGUCAACGAGAUGCUGGACUUAGAGAAGCAGUUCUCGGAGCUGAAGGAGAAGUUGUUCAGAGAACGACUGAGUCAGCUGCGGCUGCGGCUGGAGGAAGUGGGGGCUGAGAGAGCGCCCGAGUACACAGAGCCUCUGGGGGGGCUGCAGCAGAGCCUCAAGAUUCGCAUUCAGGUGGCAGGGAUCUACAAGGGCUUCUGUCUGGACGUGAUCAGGAAUAAGUACCAGUGUGAGCUGCAGGGAGCCAAGCAACACCUAGAGAGUGAGAAGCUCCUGCUGUAUGACACCCUGCAGGGCGAGCUGCAGGAGCGGAUCCAGAGGCUGGAGGAGGACCGCCAGAGCCUGGACAUCAGCUCUGAGUGGUGGGAUGACAAACUGCAUGCCAGAGGCAGCUCGAAGACGUGGGACUCUCUGCCACCCAGCAAGAGGAAGAAGGCUCCCCUCGUUUCUGGCCCUUACAUCGUGUACAUGCUGCAGGAGAUCGACAUCCUGGAGGACUGGACGGCUAUCAAAAAGGCUAGGGCAGCUGUGUCCCCUCAGAAGAGAAAAUCAGAUGGACCAUGACCCUGCUGUUCACAGCCGAGGGGCCCCUCGGAGCAGCUGGCACCAAACCCAGGAUUUGCAUUUUCCUGCUGCCACAACACAGACUGACAGGCCCCUAGGGGUCUGCCCCGCCGGCCCUCCAGCACUGCUGCUGGGCCCUCCCAUCCAGCCACCACUGGUCUGGACUCCUCCUCUGCCCCUCCUCGGGGGCCUGUACAGCUGUGGCCUGGACCUGCCCUCGCCAGGCAAGACUGUCUCCUCCAUCCCCAGCGAGCCCACCACCUCCCCCCCACCACGAAGGCCAGCCUCCUCGGUGCCCUCCCUGACAGAGAAGACGUCCCUCAUCUUAAGCCAAAGCAAUGUCCUUCUUGCUGACCUUGGACCCGGCCCCCUAGUCACUGAGCCAGUGAGCAGAGCCCUGCUUCGUGGGAACUCGGUCCUGGAAAUUAUAUUUUGGGGGCCUGUCUGUCCUGGCUGUUGCUGGAGGUGAGAAGGCAGGCUCCCCAGGUCUUCUCGAGGCAGUUCUUGGUGUCUUCCUCCCGGAUUUCGGGGACUGGAAUUAAAACCUUUCCUGAGA